AUGUUGAUAUCAAAUAUCAUCAAUGGCCGUUUCGAAGGAAGGCUCUUGCAGGGCAACUUGGCCACCUUGUCUCCUUCCAUGUUCCAGGUUGUCUUCAUAAUCUGUUUCCUUUCUCAAGUAGAAGCACACAAUAUUCCAAAACACAACCAAAUUCGCACCAUGAGCACUACUAUCUUCCAAAAUCGCCGCCCCCAGCGCCGCAGUUCCCAGUCCAGUUGCGGAAGCAUCAGGAGCACUCGCCGUCCUUCCUUGAUGAGGCGCAGCAAGAGCAAUGAUGAUGAAGGCGGCAGCAUGCGCCACUUGGUCGAUUACUCCAAGAAACGUGCUACCCAUGAUGCCAAGAACCGUUCUUCUUGUCGUGGACCCGCCAUUAGCCGUCAAAUGUAUGAGGGCAACAGUCCCAACAAGAACAAGAAUAUCAGCGCACGGGAUCUUGACUGGGGUAUGCUUUCUCAAACCAUGGACCUGUCCAACGAAUCCAUUGAUUCUCCGGUGCGUCGCGGCAGCAUGGACAACAGCAGCCAGGAUGAAAUGGAGCUUCUUCAACAGAGGCCUCAAAUGUCGAGACGCUCCCUGAACUGCAGUGCUAGAUUGCGAGUCAAUUUGGCAAGAAGCGCUUCCUGCCGUCCACCUCUUCUGGAAGACAGCAGCAACAACAACAACAAUAGCAUCACGGAGAGCAUCCCCGCUCCCACUGCAGCAGAUGACAAUGACUUUUGGGGAGAAGAGAACAGCUCCGAGGAGGAAAUCCGUCCUUCGUUCGGAAGGAGCCAAUCUGUAGGAACUUCUCUCUUCAUUCGACGAUCACCUGUUUCGUUCAAUGCCAAGUUUGCAUAG